CUUAUGGCCGAAAGAAAACUCUUUGCUUCAAAGAUUGUUCAUCGGAUUUUUCAAAAAGGUAGUCAUAGCUACCAUUUCCAUUGCAAAUGAAAAUGACAUAUAUUGUCAAAGAGAAUCAAACACUACCUGCAAGUCAUUGAUUGAUUUGAGAAUGUUCUAUCGUAAAAUUGGCCGAUUAUUCAGUAAUAUAUGGGGCGUCCACACAAAUAAAAAUAAAUACCUGCAUAUCAACUUCAACUUCAGGAACAGUAACGAUUAUAACAAUAAGAAUUACAAAAAUUAUCAUAAAUAUUUGUGGUCAUUUGCAACUUUAGGAUAUAUUACCCUUUAUUACAAUUCACGAAAAAACUUAUAUGUUUUUGCCAAAGAAGAAAGUACGGAAACUAAACCAACAUCCGGAUGUGCAUCUGAUAAUCCUCCUGAACCAAUUCAACCUCAUCUGAAAGCUCCAAAAAUUCCUCAGCGUCCAGAUCUUCCUACUUAUUCCCAAAAAGAUCUUUUGAAACAUCGAUGUAGAGGUGAAGGAGUUUGGGUAACAUACCAGAAUGGUGUCUAUGACAUAACCGAAUUCCUGGAUAAACAUCCAGGCGGAGACCAAAUAACUCUGGCUUCUGGAAAAGCAGUAGAAGGUUUUUUUAAUUAUAGUGUAUUGCAUUAUGCCCCUCAUGUUCUGAAGCUAAUGGAGAAAUACAGAAUAGGAAAUUUACGGCCUCAAGAUGUAAGAACUGAAUUCAGGAGGAGAAACGUAUUUGCACAUGAGCCAACCGAUCGGGAUCCCAACUUAAUACCCUUGUCUAAAGAACCCUUCAAUGCUGGCCCAUCCGAAUCUUUACUCUAUGCCCAUCCUAUAACUCCUAAUGCCUAUCAUUUCGUAAGAACCCAUGGGCCUGUUCCAGAAAUACCAGACUUGAAGAAUUACACAGUUGAAAUAGCGAUUGAGGGUCAGAAAAAGAGUCUUAUGUUAACUCUGGAUGACCUGAAAAAGUUUCCGAAAUAUUCUGUCAAUGCUACAAUAAUGUGCGCAGGAAACCGAAGAGAUGACAUGAUGAUGGCAAAACCCGAUAAAGGUUUACGUUGGACUCUAGUUGCGACUGGUAACUCAAUAUGGUCUGGAGCUAGGCUCAGAGAUAUCUUAGCUAAAGCCGGUUUAACAAAGAAAGACGAAGAAAACCUGCAUCAUGUACAGUUCGAUGGUUGGGACACAGAUUUCCGAGAAGAAUAUUUCUCGAUGUCUAUUCCUCUAUGGAAAGCAGUGGAUGAAAGAGGCGAUGUGCUCAUUGCCUACGAGAUGAAUGGUGCUCCUAUCCCUGUUGAUCAUGGAUUUCCUGUUCGCGCUAUCGUACCUGGAUUUGCCGGUGCUAGAUCAGUGAAAUGGUUACAAAAAGUAAUCGUGCAAAAGGAAGAGUGCCAAACGUUCAAUCAUCAGAGACUCUACAAGAGUUUUUCACCGAACGUAAGCUACGAAAAUUUGGAUUGGAACCUGUCACCGCCUGUCGACGAACUACCUGUCAUAUCUGCGAUAUGCGAGCCCGUGAAUGGAGGAACUGCUAACGUUUCCAAUGGCAAAAUUAAUGUGAAAGGUUAUGCUUUUUCCGGCGGUGGUCAGAAAAUCCUCCGAGUCGACGUCAGUUCUGACCAAGGAGUUACUUGGCACACAGCAGAGUUCACUUAUCAGGAUCCUAUCAAGCCACCAAGACAUUAUUCUUGGAGUUUAUGGUGUUGCGAUGUGCCUGUACCAAAGGGUAAAAAUUGUGAAAUAUGGGUAAAAGCAGUGGAUUCUUUUAACAACACUCAGCCAGAAAAAUUUGAACAUAUCUGGAAUUUGAGAGGAGUGAUAUGCAAUGCUUAUCACAAGAUAAAAGUGAAUUUGGUGUCAUGUUGAUGUACUAAGUGGACAAUUCUUUUUUAUUAUUUUUCUUAAGUGUUUAUGUAAAGAAUAAAUAAAUUCAUAAUUUUUUGGUGAACUCUGUACAAAGCUAAUCAUAAAAAAUGUACAUAAAGAUUCGAGGCAAAUAUUAUCGUAUUGAAUUGAUAUUCUUAUGAUGGAAUGAAGAUAGUAGGCUAUUUGACAGUAUGAAAUACAUUGUUCUCAAAACCAUAAAUUAAUUUGACGAAAAAAAUGUUAUUGAAUAUGGAAAUAAAACUUUGAGAACUUGAAUGAUUCACACCGAUUUACACAAGAUGACAAACGAUCUGAAUAGAAUGAACGAUGA